UGGUUGGUCGGCCUUGGUCGAUCGAAAAAGCGAAACAAGCGUGCGGGUACGGGCAGCCGGGCGUUGUUGCUUGCUUGGUUGGGUUGCUGUGCUGAGCUAAAGCGCCUCACCCACUUCAUCUGAUCGUCUUCUACCCUGACUAAUCUGUUUAGGAAUCGUUACCGUAGUAGAUACGCUUCUCCGGUACUCGAUAUCACGAUUAAAUAUCAAUAUCUGUCAAAAAAAUAUAUGGAUUUUUAGUGCUUCGGAUCGGAAACGUAUUAUUUACUACGGAAUUCGUGUAAUGUAUUUGUGUUUGUAGUUAUGAAACCGGUGUAACAGUGCUCUUUCUCGUCUCUCGUGAAAUAAUGCCUGGAAUUUGUAGUGUUGUGAACUGUGUGUGACUGGUUGGAGGGUCGUUUUGUCUGGAUUACAUUUACUUUGGAUAAAAAUACCAGCAAGAUCCUCCGGUCAUGUUCAACUUCAUGAAGAAGACCGGGCUGGCGGGCGGCGACGCCGGCGCCUGCGAAGAGAGAGACGGGGAUAAAGAGCGGAGAAAGAAAGAGAAGAAGGAGAGGAAAGAGAGGGAGAAACGGGAGCGCAUCGCCGCGGGGCUUGAGGAGCCUCUCAGGCUAGAAGAGGUACGGCGAUCGCUGAAAUUGCGAGGCAGACGCAAAGAAAAGGAGAAAUUACCUUCAGGCAUCACAGCCGAUUACACCGCCUCAUUGUUUGCUCACCUGGAACAAGACUCCAAUUACUCUAACUACCCGUUGAUACCUACAUCCGGCUCAAAUUCUAAUCUCAGCGAUGAAAACAACCACCUGUCGCCGGGCUAUCCCGCUACACACAACUGGAACAAAAAAGACCCCGUGCUUCAGUCGGAUAGUUCAGAAACUUCUUUAAAUUCCCUCAACAACCCUAAUAAUGCAAACACUAGCCCCAGACAACCGCCCAGUCUACCUCCCAUACCGCCGCGACCACCCAAACGAGGUAUACUUAAAGGACCUCGUCUAAGCAAUACUAGUUCUAAUUCUCAGGAGAGCAAUGUCCAAAGUAAUGACACAGUUGAUUAUAUUAACGGCCAAGAUUCGAAUGUCCUCGCUAGGAAUACUCAGCAAAAUGAACUGAUUUCAUAUGGCAUCCCACCGUCGAAAAGUACCUCGUCCAGUGAUGACAUGCAGCAACUGCAGAAUUUCACCAAGAAGGUAAUUCACAGUCCCGUUGAAAAUCAGUAUAAAAGUAAUCAAGGGUCUAACAAUCCUUCUAUUGUGACACAGGAUGUUGACGAGUUACCGAAGACCAAUGGGAACAGUUACCAUGGAGUGACCUCCACUUCUCCAAGUGCUGAUUCUUUGACCGACACAACAACAAAUUCGUCUUUCGCCACUCCACCUUUCUCUACCUCACCCGUUGGGGAAUCGCAGGGCUUCCACAGAUGGUCAAGGACUAGCAACUUCGAAGACGUUUAUUUACCGCUACCACCAUUAACUCCUCUACAACUACCAAAGCCUAGGUUGCUGACGAUACAACGACAAAAAGCUCCACGGAAAGACUUCGGAUUCAGUAUUCGAAGGGCAAUGGUCCAGGAGAGAGUUUUCAUUGGCGAUUUGAAGCAAAUGAAUGGACAUGAAGAGAACGGCCUAACUAAUGGUGAUAAUAAGUGUAACGGCAAUGUUGCGAAUGGUUUGACUAGUAAAUUGACACAUAAAGCUGUGAUAUUGGCAGAACCCGGUUCAUAUCCUGGUGCAAGCGAGACUGGUUUGCUUCCUGGUGAUAAACUUCUGGAAGUCAAUGGGGUCAGUGUUGAAGGAAAAAGCAGAGAGGAGGUCAUCGAACUGAUCAAGAGCAGUCAAGAUUCAGUUACCAUCAAGGUCCAGCCAAUAGCAGAGCUGUGCGAACUGUCUCGUCGCCAAGCGGUGGAUGGAGGUGCGGAUGUGGACUUGUUGGACAGCAACGUGCGAGGAGGAACGCUCAGCCGCUCGGGCAGUCGACGGUUCACUUCCACUCAGGCAAAAUCCGAAGAGCAACUGGCAUGCGAGAAAGAAUGGCUUCAAACGGGACAGAUGUGGCUCGCCCACCGCGGCGGCUUCACUGCCGUCGUCAGGGAAGGAGACGCGGACGCUGGUCGCGCAAGAGUCAGGGUGGUGCAGACUGGCGAGAUACUUACCGUCGAUGAAGAUGAUCUGGAAAAGGCCAAUCCACCACGACUGGAGCGGUGUGAAGACAUAGCUUCCCUGCGUUGCCUAAACGAAUGCGGUGCACUCAAUGUGCUCAGAUCGCGCUAUGCUGCUGGUCUGCCCCACGCCCGCGCCGGUCAUGCUCUCCUGGUACUUGGACCGCCAAAGAAGUCGGCUCCCAUUUAUACUGAGAAAGUAGCGGCCAUGUUCCGAGGCUGUCGUUCGGACGACAUGCCGCCGCAUGUGUUCGCUGCUGCACAAUCCGCUCACCGCUGUAUGCUGGCAUCCAGGCGCGACCGAGCCAUUGUGUUCCUUGGAAGGUCAGGAUCAGGGAAGACGUCGGCAAUGCGCCACUGCGUGUGGUACCUCGCUAGCGCGUACCCCGCGCAGGGCUCCAAACUGACGCCAGAGAGAUUCGAAGCCGCUUUCGAUGUGCUGCAUGCCUUCGGGUCUUGUCGCACGACCUCGAACCCGCACGCGUCUCGUUUCGUGUCACUGACAUCGUUGGACUUCGACGGUGGCGGCGCCUUAGUGUCAGCGUCGGUGCAGACCUUGCUGCCGGACCUCAAGCCUGGCCAGACCCAGCUCAGAGCAUUACACAUUAUAUUCAACGGCUGUGACGGCCGCCUCCGCCGCGAACUGCUAUUCGACCAAGCGCCGGCGAACUCGCCGAACCCCUUCAUCGGCUGCAGCGAGAAAGCGGACGCGCCAGCGGAGUUCUCCGCGCUGAAGGAAGCGCUGCAGCAGCUGGCAGUCACGGAGCAGGAGCAACUGGCUAUAUGGAAGAUCGCCGCCGCUGUCUGCCAUUUGGGGUGGGCUGGCGCUGUCAAAGCCAACACAGGAUCGGGGCUAAAGUACCAAUUCGCAAGUAUGGGUUGCGGGCAGCGUGCGGCGCGGCUGCUGGGCGCGGGCGCGGACGAGCUCAGCCGGGCCGUGUUCGCCGGCGCCGCGCCCAACUCGCCGCAGACCAACUCCACUCUCAGAACUCCAUCGCCAUCCAAUGAGCGGGAACUGUCCGGCACUGAAGCGCUUGAUGCAUUUGUCACUGGACUAUACAACGAAGCGUUCAACAUCAUCGCGGCUUUGGUUAACAGGAGCCUGACGACAUCGUGCCGGACGUCAUCGUCCCUCUUAGUGCUGGACUGCCCGGGCGCGGACAACCCCAUGUGCGCCGGCCAGCAGAGCGGCGCACCGCUCUCCAAACUUCUCUCCAAUUACUUACAGGAACGCCUGCAAGCCGUGUUCCACGAAGCCAUGUUGGUGGCGCCGCGGGAACGAUACGCGCAAGAGGGCAUCACGCUCGAUGACGGCGCCGAGGAAGAUUGGCUAUCAGAGACCGUGAACCCGGGUCCAAUGGUGGAGCUCCUGGACAAGUCUCCACAGAACACGAUCGUGCGCAGUUCGCAGGCCGACUUGAGGGAGUGCGAUCGCCGUGGACUUUUAUGGUUACUCGACGAAGAGUCCAUGUAUCCCGGUUCGUCAGACGACACAUUCCUGGAGCGCGUGAUGACUCACUACGGCGCCCCCAACCACACGCACUACCUCAUCAAGAAGGCGCCCCACAACCGCCAGUUCAUACUGCAACAUCUGCAGGGAACGAAUCCAGUUUUGUACGAUGUCUCCGGCUGGGUGAAGGCAAGUAGGGAAAGUCCAGUUACCAAGAAAGCUCUCACAUUACUGCAAGAAAGUCAAAAUGAAGAAAUUGGUCGUCUAUCGUCGUGGUCGCGCGGCGCCUGCGGCGUGGGCAUGUGGUCGGCGGCGGUGGGCGACGCCAGCACGCUGCGCCGGGCGUCUUCUAUCAGGAGGACCCUUACCUCAGGAACGGCAGGCAUGAAGCGGCGUUCCACUGCGCUCCAAGCGAAGUUCGUAGCGGACGGUGUGGUGGACACUCUGAGACGCUGCGGCGCGGGCGGCGUCCACUUCGUGUGCUGCCUCCUCAGCAGCCAGCCCGGCGACCCCGCCGAUGACGUCAACGUGCCGCUGCUGCGUUCACAGUUCCGCGGAUUCCAGCUUCUAGAAGCGGCUAGAUUGUACAAACAGGGCUUCCCCGAACACAUGCCGCUGUCGGAAUUCACAAGAAGAUACCGUCUGCUGGCGACGUCGGAGAACAACGAAAGUACAGAGAGCACACAGCAGCUGACGGAGCGCCAGCUCGUGGACGACAUGCUGCUCGCGCUCGACCUCGACGUCAGCAGCUACAGGCUUGGACUCACUCAGAUUAUGUUCAGGGGCGGCGUCGUCGGUGGGCUGGAUGCGCGCCGCGACGCCGCGCUUGCUCGCGUGCUUGUUCGCUUACAAGCGCGCGCGCGCGGUUUGCUCGCUCGCCGGCGAGCGCAGCGGCUACGAACACAACACACGGCCGCUAGGUGCGUGCAGAGGAACGUUCGCGCGUUCCUGGCGGUGCGCGAUUGGCCCUGGUGGCGACUGCUCGUCAGGGUCACCCCGCUGCUCGCCGUACAUCGGACCGAGCAUCGGCUCAAGCAAGCACAGGAGGAGCUGGAAGCCUUGCGGUCUAAGCUGGAGAAGGUGGAGGGAGAGCGCACACAUUACAAGAGCGAGACGGAAAAACUUGAGAAUAAAUUGUCGGAAGUUGGCGGCGAGCUGGCCGAAGAGCGCGCUGCUGCAGGACUCGCUACCGAAAGGGCAGACGCUGAAGCGGCUGAGAGGUUACGAGUGGAGAGAGACAACAGGGAACUGCUUGCGAACAACCAGCGCUUGCAGCAGGCGUCCGAGCGUCUGGAGUUGGAGCUGCUCCACUGGCGGUCAGCUGAGAGUGGCGGCGGCGAAGUCUCCGACUCUGAGGGCUCGGAGGCCGACGCUAGCGGCAAUGGUGAUAAGUACAAACGAAGAUUCGAGUGUGCCCACCGAGAAUUACAGCUGCUGCGCGCUCAACUUCGCAGACAACACGAAGAUGACCUGGAGCAGUUGGUCACCGUCAAAAAGCAACUCGAGAAGAAGGUACAAGACGCGUAUGAGGAAGUGGAGGAACAGCGCGCGGUGGCCGCGCAGUGGAAACGGAAGCUGCAGAAGCUGACAAACGACAUGGCCGACCUGCGCUCCUUGCUCGACGAACAGACGUGCCGCAACAACCUGCUUGAGAAACGUCAGCGCAAAUUCGACGCGGAGCUCCACGCGGCGCAGGAGGAGCUGAAGCGGGAGCGCUCGGCCAAGGAGAGGCUCUCCCGCGAGCGCGACCAGGCGCUCGCGGACAAGUUCGCGCUCGACCAGAGCCUGUCUGAAGCUCGCUUGGAACUCGAGCUGAAGGAAGAGAGGUUAUCGGCCGCAACUCGCGAAUUAGAAGAACGAGGCGGUGGCGGGGAUGAAGUGGCGGCUCUCAGGAGGACCAGAGCUGACCUCGAAAGACGAGUAAGGGAUCAGGAGGAGGAGUUGGAUGACCUCGCUGGACAGAUACAAUUAUUGGAGAGCGCGAAACUUCGCCUGGAAAUGUUGCUGGAACAACAGCGCAAGGAAGCGCGGCUCGAGGCGGCCGCCAGGGACGACGAGAUGGAAGAAACCAGAGCCAACGCGUCUAAGAAACUCAAGAUGCUGGAGAGUCAGCUGGAGUCGGAGCACGCGGAGCGCAGCCUGCUGCUGCGCGAGCGGCACGAGCUGGAGCGGCGGCUGGCCGCGCUCGAGGAGGCCGCGCGCGCGGAGACUCACGACCAGGCACAACUGCUGCACAGGCUCAAGAGAGAUUUAAAACGAUACCGCGCCCUACUACGCGACGCGCAAACGAUGCUCGAACAGAAAGAGAAAGAAGGUGGCGGCAAGGCGCAGAUCAGACAACUGAAGAACCAAGUCGAAGACUUAGAGCUGGCCGUACGCGCAGCAACCAAGGCGAAGCAAGCUGCCGAAGCAGAAGCGACCGAGCUGAAUGCUGCGCUGGAAGAAGCUACGCGCGCCAGGAAUGACGCUUCAGAGAGGGCCGUCACAGCUACCAGGGACGCCGCCGCUGCCAGGGCGCAGUUGGACGAUGCUGAGGAAGAAGCUGCUGAGUUACUAAAGAAAUACCGCGCGAGUACAAGCGCACUGUGCGCCGCGCAAGCCGAAGCUCGAGACGCGAGUGCGCGCGCCGACGUCGCCGCGGACGAGGCCCGCGCCGCGCGGGACAAGCUGGCUGAGCUGGCCACCAGGCUGGCCCAUGCUGAGGCCGGACACAGCCAGGGACAGCAUGAGGCUGAACGGCGACUGGAGCUGAGGAAUAAGGAGUUAGAAUCGAGCCUCGAGCUGGAAGCGACAGCGCGCGCGCGGCUCGAGGGUCAGCUCUGCCGCGCGCGCGACGCGCACGACCAGCUCGCGGCCGAGCUCGGGCUGGUGCGCGCGCGCGACCAGCUCGCCGCUGAUGAGCUCCGGAAACUCACCAGGCAGCUGCGCGAAAUGAAAGAAGAAAACUCCAACCUAAACGCGAAACUGAGCGAAGCGUGCCGCGCGAAGACCGCAGCAGAAGCGGCCGCGGCCGCAGCGAGCGCCGAAGCAGCCGCAGCUAAGGACGAAGCCAGACUGGCCGCUAGACGAGCCACCGCUCUGCAAGAAGCUAUCGCUGGAGAUCUGUCCAGCCCCGGAGACUCUAGGGACACUGACAGUGACAAUGACAGCUACAGUUCGGACGAGUCGAUAGGCACGUUCCUGGCCAAUCACAAGCUCAGUCCAUCAGUCCCUUCUAGGAACAGCAUUAAUCUCGAUUCACAGAAAUCUCACACCCCAGAAGGUCGGCAGUCGCGAUCAAGCACCGGGUCCACAACGAAGCCAGUGAGUCCCACCAAGGAGUCUUUCGCAUAACAGCCGGCCGCCGCGGGGCUCCUCACCAGCGCCCUGCCCGUCAUCUGCGCCGUCUUCUGUUCCCGCCAGCGACACGACUCUGCCCACGUCGUCGUCGAAUAAAAAAGAUAAACGUCAGAGUGACAACUGACAGUGGCGCGAAACUUGUGACUUUAGUGAUGUGACGAUACUAGACGGAAACGAUUGUCUCGAUUAUAAGCGAUUAAAAGUUAUCAUGUAUUAAACUUGUGUGGUUAACUUGAUUAAAUUGUUUCUGGUAGUUGUCCAGAAUUUGAUAAUGUUAAUCAAACUAUAGUUUAUUAGUAAAUCAUGACGCGCGAUAGGUAUUUUAAAAAUAAUCAAGACUUACCACAUGCAUUAGAAAUAGACGUGUAACGACAAUGGCUCCUAAAUUAGACUGCUCAACUAUAUACAAUAUUAAAUAUACUCAAGUUUUUCAAAUAUUUGAUAUAAUGGCUUUACAGUUCGUACAACACCCAAGAUUUUUAUAUGGAUAUCAUUAAAUAUAGCGCUAGUGUUAUAUAGUAUUCAAAUAGCCUAAUAAUAUAUCAGAAAGAAUGCAUUCCAAAAAAUCUCUGGACAACUCUCUAAAAUGUGUUUGGCUAACUACAUGUGCAUAGCGCGGUCUUCAGUGAUUUAUAGAUGAGGAUGAUGCGUGACAUUUAUAUACAAUCACUAGCACCAUUAAUCUAGGCUUUUGACAUUAAUUUAUUUAGCGUAGGAUUCGUAGAGGAAAUUCGUCGUUGACUUAGAUAUUUGUUGUACUGCGUACAGCGAGCCAGUCAGUAUUGGGCCGGCCGAGGCGAUAUAACUUACAAAAUAAUAUUAGGUUCUUUGUUAUUUAGUUAGCUAACGUUUGUAAAUAACUAGAUGGCAUAUACAUUUUAUUAUUUAAUUUGUAAUAUUUGUGUGAUCAGACUGUUAUUCUAUGACUUAUUUGUUACAAUUGAGUUGUUGCUUUAUAGACAUUCAAUACAUAUCUGUUAGGGAAUAUUUUUUUUAUAUCAAUGAAUAAUCUUAGACUGGUUUUGAUUAAUGUAAUGUUUGGAUAAUUAGCGGAACUUAACUAUAAUCUUCAUGAAAUGUAGUCCUCUUAACUAUAAUUCCAUUACCUAUAAAUUGUCAUUCAACCUAUAUCUUUAUAUAUUUGUGUCUGUAACCAUGAUUAUAAAAUUUUACUAUUCUAUGUGUAUUGUACGAUAAUGUGAUGAAAUGUUACUGCAUUCAAUACUGGUUGUAAAAUGAAAUUAUUUAAUAAAGUAACAGAAAUGUA